AAAAUAUUUUCCUGACCUAUAUCUUCGGUCAUAUAUUCGACAUUAUCAUCUCCAGUGCUCACUGAUUAUUUACACCUCUCCUCCCUAGUACUCUGUAAUGGAGCGAGCCCUCUCCUUUGAGGAUUACACGGUUGCGUGGAUCUCCGCGCUUCCUGUAGAACUGGCCGCUGCAAAAGCAAUGCUGGAUGAAACGCACGAUUCCCCUCCUUUACCACCAAGCGACUGCAACGCCUAUACACUGGGUCGGCUGAGCGGCCAUAACGUCGCGAUUGCCUGCUUACCGUUGGGAGUUUACGGGGCCAAUGUGGCAACGAGCGUUUUGAUUCAGAUGAAGUCAACCUUUCCCUGGCUGCAAUUUUGCCUACUGGUUGGUGUUGCAGGCGCAGUUCCUACGAAUACCGAUAUUCGAUUAGGGGACGUGGUGGUGAGUAAGAGCGUAAUCCAGCACGACCAUGGAAAGAUGCUGCAUGGCGGGCGCUUCCACCGUACAGGCUCUCUUAAUAAUCCACCUCAAAGUUUGUUAAAGGCGGCGAACCAGAUAGAAAGCGAUUACAUGAUGGGAAAGCGAGAUGUUCAGAAAAAUAUUGUGGAUUUUCUGGAGAAAAACAAUGAAAUGAAGCCCCAGUUUUCUCGGCCUAAUGAUGACUGGCUUUUCAGUGCAACAUAUAUACAUCAAGACAAUGAGCGUGAUUGUUCAGCCUGUGAUAAAAGUGAAUUAGUUACUCGACCGCCACGAGCAACAGAUGAGCCUUGCAUUCACUAUGGAUUAGUCGCUUCUGGAAACCAAGUCAUAAAAGAUGGACAAACACGAGACCGACUGUAUGAAGAGCUUAAUGUCCCUUGCAUUGAGAUGGAGGCAGCAGGUCUUAUGAAUCAUCAUCCAUGCCUAGUUAUCAGAGGAAUCUGCGACUACUCUGAUUCUCAUAAACAAAAGAGAUGGCAAGGAUAUGCAUCGUUAACAGCAGCAGCAUAUGCUAAGUUGCUUUUGUCUCGAGUCCCUGUGGCUAGUCGGCAGAUGAAGGCAGAUCUCAGAAUUGAACAUAGUCCGGAUGAGAAGGCAUGUCGGCGGAGCCUGUCCAUCGCCGAUCCAAUGGGAGAUAUGAAUAGGCUGAAGCGAAAUAUAGGGGGCCCUACUCCUAAUACAUGUGAAUGGAUAAUGAGCACUCCUGAGUUGAAGAUAUGGCUAGGGUUACAAAGUGGUCCUUCUAAACCUCACCCCAACAUCCUGUGGCUGUAUGGGUAUCCCGGAGUAGGAAAGUCCACCAUGGCAAUGGCUAUCAUAGAACUUCUUUUGAGCAGAUCCCACUUCAUCAGUGAGGGCCACAGACUUGCAUACUUCUUUUGUAGUUCUGACUCCGCUAAUCGGCAAUCCGCUACUUUUAUAUUACGAAGCCUUCUAAAUCAGCUGGUUAAAAAGCAAGGGCAAAAGCACGGGCAGUUGAUAAGACAUGUACUCCCUAAAUUUCAAGAGCGGGGGGAACAGUUUUUUGAAUCAUUCGAUGCACUAUGGAUUACCUUGCUUGAAAUUGCAUGCAGUAAUGAAGAUGGGAUAUUUUACUGCAUUAUUGAUGGUUUGGAUGAAUGCGAUAUAGAAUCGCAACAAACUCUGCUAACUCAAAUCUGCAAAACUUUUAACAGUAUAGCUGCGAAAAGACUACGGAUUCAUUUCUUGAUUACUAGUCAGCCAUAUCGUGGUUUCCAGCGAUUUCUAUAUUCGUUCAACUCUUUGAAUUUGUCCGAUCGUCGUGAAUCUCAGGAUGACUUGCAGAUAUUCAUCAAAGAAAAAGUCGAAGAGCUCUCGAGAGCAAAUAAUUACACGAAAAAGGUCGAAAUGACAGUAUUGAAGGCUUUACAGGAAAACGCCCAAGGGACGUUUUUAUGGGUUGGCAUCGUAUGCAGGGAGUUGGCAUUAGUUGGGUCUAGCCAAGCAGUCGAGACGCUACAAAAGUUACCCUCUGAUUUGAAUUCAUUGUACGAUAAAUUACUAACGACGGCUCUAACUGCUAAUGAAAGAUAUAAGGAGACAAUUUUGAAAAUACUCGGCUCUGUCGCAAUUUCACAACGACCAUUGACCCUUAUAGAGUUAUACACUUCGUGUGAGCUAUAUGAAGAUGAAGACGAAGAGGAACGCCUAAACUUUACUCGGGAAAUUAUUGAUACAUGUCGGUUGAUCAGUGUGAGACAAGACGGGACAGUUUCCUUCUUACACAACUCCGUGAAAGAUUUCCUCAAAGAUGGCGAAUGGAUCGACCUAUUCAAAACACAUGCGGCCUUAGCAAACCGUUGCAUCUCUUACAUUUUAACUAAUGUUGGAUCGCGCAAACCCUUGCAAAAUGGUGACCUAGAUAAUAGCUGGUUACAAUAUGCUAUCCUCUAUUGGCCCGAACAUGCUAGACUUGCACGGUCUGAAUUCAGCAUCUUGCCAGCCAAUGGAUCCUUUUUUCGCCUCGAAUCAGACCAGCGGCAGGAGUGGCUGAAGGCAUAUACUAACCAAUCAAUGCUCUUCGGUAUUUCCAGGCAAUUCUCUAUUUUUCAUAUCGCAGCAAAGUGGGGCUUACCAGCACUCAUCAAUUUCUCCCGGGCUGAGGUCUCAGCCUCAAGCCCAAGACUACCAUUUCAAUGGAUCGGAAAAUAUUCUACCACCUUCUCGAUUAUUGAUGAGCAUGUGAGAUCCCGGUAUUUAUUCUGGAGAAUGAGACCCCUACUCAAUGCUAAGGACGAGAACGGAAGGACUCCCCUCCAUUGGGCAGUUGUAAGUCGGCCUGGUGAAGAUGUAGACAUACUGUUAUCCAACGGUGCAGAUGUCAACCUCCAGGACAAUCAGUCAAAGUCUCCGCUGCAUGUUGCAGCUGAAGUCGGAAACCCAAAGCUUGUCCAGCAUUUACUUCGACGCCACGCUGAUCCCAACCAGCGAUCUCAUAUUGGAGACUCACCCUUGCACCUUGCCAUUCGACCUGAAAAAAUGCGACCAAGGCAAGGUGAGACAUGGGCCGAAUUAUAUGCAGUCGAAACCUUAGCAGAUUACAUCGAUGAUUUCGAAAGUGAAGAAGCUUCUGAAAUAUUUAGAGAAAUCGAAGACUCUAGAAGAUGUACUGUUGACAUGCUACUGAGAAGCAAUGCUGUUGAUGUGAAUAUUGCAAACAAUCACGGGGAUUACCCAAUCCAUGUGAUUGAAUUUUACAAAAGGCAUGCGUUUGCUAUACUAACUUCGCUUCUCGAUAGCGGAGCAGACUCCUCCAAAUUGAAUGGUGAGAAAAAAACUUGCCUUCACCUAGCAAGCGAGGCUGGCAACUUGGACGCUGUUCGCAUACUAGUGAAGAACGGAUGCGACAUCACUUUGUUAGAUGCUAGUGGAUUAAGCCCUAUUCACUAUGCCGUUCAUAACAAUCGCGUAGAAAUCGUACAACUCAUGUUCAAGUCUUCCCCAAACGCGAAAUUUUAUCCCUGCUGGCAAGAUGACCACCGGGGAAGAAACCUCCUGCAUUAUUACGCUGAAUCGUUGAUAUGCUCCAUCGAUAUGCUCAAUCUUCUACUAGAUAACGAAUUCGAUAUCAACAGCCUUGAUGUUGAGGGAAAUUCCGUUCUCAGCAUAUAUCUAAGUUCUUUUCGUCUUCGUGUUAGAGUUGACAUCUUUCAAUCCAUUGUGAAAGGUAUGUCAGAUAAGAAUAAUACACAGUGGAUGAGUUGGCUUGAUAAAAAAAAGAGGAAUUUGGCUCACAUGUUGAUGCGUCAGUGGGAUGAGGAUAAUGUUGCAAUCCUGAAUGACCUAUUGAAGGCGGGAGUGGAUAAAAAUGCGAAAGACACAGACGGUAGAGGGAUUGUACAUCACGGGGCAAUCCAUGGAUCGUUCAAUAAAGUUCUUGUACGGUAUCUCGGAGAGGAAGGCAUACUUCAACUGCACGAAAGAGACCGGAAGGGCAAGACGUCUCUCGAAUACGCGGAAGAGGAAGCUAAUAGGGAAAGACACAUAGAUCUCUGGCUUGGGCACCGAUGGAAAGAGUCUUUCCAUAAUUUGAAGUAUGCAGGGCAAGAUCAGGUUGGUUAAAAUCGAGGGAAUCAUCUCAUAUAGUCUAUAACCUCCCCACUUAAUCUUUACGACAAUUUUCAUUUUCGAUCGUUGCUUGUGUCGAAAUACUAUAUUGCUUUAUCCAAAGUCUUUUGUGUACUUAUUGCCAUCACAUUUAACAGUUGUUAUGAUAUCAGAUAUUAUAACCACCAGAAAGCUAUGCCUCCAGAAGUGGGCAUUACACAUGCUUUCAAGAGCAACCAACAGUGGCACAGAAUCCGAGGACGAACG